ACUCAACCAUCAGACAGAGGAAGGACUCCAAAGAGCUGACAAGGGUCACCUAAGGAUCUGAAGAAAUCCACUUGCCCAGACAAUCACCAUCCAUCACUGGAGCUGAAGAACAUAUCGAAGAUAUUGUGGCGCUCUUCGGUGGCCUGACACUCAUGAGAAAGAAGACCUAUCAACUCUGAUCUUCAAAAGGAUUUAAUAACUGAACCAUUAAAUAUGAAGGCAUUCAGCAUUGCAGUUGCAGUGACACUCGUGCUCGCCUUUAUUUGCAUUCUGGAGAGCUCUGCCGUCCCAUUCACCGGGGUGCAAGAGCUGGAGGAGGCAGGGAGCAAUGACACUCCAGUUGCGGCAUAUCAAGAAAUGUCAAUGGAAUCGAGGAUGAUGCCAAAUCACAUCAGGCAGAAGCGCCAGAGCCACCUCUCCUUGUGCCGCUGGUGCUGCAACUGCUGCAACCGCUACAAGGGCUGCGGCUUCUGCUGCAAGUUCUGAAGACUCCAAUGCAUUGCCUGUGCUACACUGUUUUGUAUCGUAUGAUUCAUGGAAGAGCACAGGGGGGAAAUAAUGAAGAGAUAUUCUUUGUAUUUAUUUUGUACAUUUUAAUACUUUCACCAUGUAAGUCUUUUUGUAAGCUCAAUGAUGUGCAAAUUUGUUUCUAAAAAUAAUGACUGUGAAUAAAUAUGUUGAAUAUUA